AUGGGAUAUACCGACGUCGACGAGUGUCCGCAUUCAUGCGGUGCUAACACUCACUGCCAGAACACUCUCGGAAGCUAUUUAUGCGAAUGUAAGAAUGGUUUCGUUGGCGACCCCUAUCUAUCAGCCGGUUGUGUCGACGACGACGAAUGCCUUCGUCCCAACUCUUGCGGUCUUAACACUGAGUGCUAUAACACUUUGGGUUCAUAUCAGUGCGUCUGUAGUGUUGGCUAUACCGGAGACGCGGCACUCGUUUGCGCCGAUAUUGACGAAUGCCUACAGAAUCCUUGCGGUCCGGGGGCUGACUGCGUGAACAUUGCCGGUUCGUACCAAUGCCAGUGUCCGGACAAGUACGUGGCCAGAGGCACACCCGACCUCGGGUGCGAUCGGGCCGCUGUGGACGUGUCGUGUAGAUUUGAUUACGACUGCACUGUCAACGCCGGUUGUGUGGACAACGCGUGUCGCUGUAAAAUUGGUUAUCAAAUCAGUGGCAUUGAAUGCAUUGAUGUGGACGAAUGCAAGAAUAGAAACAUUUGCGGAGUGAAUGCCAAAUGCGUGAACUCUGAGGGCGGGUAUGAGUGCGAGUGUCGGUCCGGAUAUGAGAAGAUUGAGUUGACGUCAAAGAGUCGGUGCAGAGACGCCAAUGAGUGUCUAUUCGGACGAUUCCCGUGCGGAGCGAAUGCCAAAUGCAUUAACAGUGACGGCGGCUAUAAAUGCCUUUGUAAGGACGGCUUCAUAGGAAACGCCACCACUGGUUGCAAAUCCCCCUGCGAUGGUGUAAACUGUGGAAAACACGCCAAUUGUCAGGUGAAUGGCAUCGAAGCGAACUGUUUCUGCGAUCAGGGCUACAGUUUUGAUCCCAACAAUAUAGCGCUCGGAUGUGUCGACGUAAAUGAAUGCGACUCUAGUCACGGCCCCUCUGGUCUCUGUGGACAGGGAGCUGUUUGCACUAAUGUGCUCGGAAGUCAUCGAUGCCACUGCCAACCAGUGUUCGGACCGAACGGAAAGUGCGGCUUUUCGGCCGUCUGUACCAACACUGUCGGCAGUUUCAGCUGUCGGUGUCCGCCGGGCAGUCACGGCGAGCCCUUCACUCGCUGUGUUAUCGAGACCUUCUGUGACGCCAACACCGGCUGUUCCGGGAAUGCCGUUUGCAAAACCAAUCGAUGUGUUUGUCCGCCGCCAUUCUUCGGCGAGAGUUGCAAACUGGUUCUCAUGUCUAAUGAAUUGUCAAAACUCUUUUCACACACCUUUUCAGACCCAUGCGAUCAGUUAUUCUGUGGCGAACACGCGAAGUGUGAAUUGGACUCAAGCGGUAACCCUCUCUGUGCCUGCGCUGAAGGCUAUGUCGGAAAGAGUAAUAGUCUUCCCGGUUGUGUCGAUAUCGAUGAGUGUGUGGUCAGCAAACCGUGCGGACACAACGCUGUCUGUCGUAAUACUCCGGGCAAAGAAAGGAUUGACUGUUCAGACAGUAAUCCGUGUCCUCUCAAUGAGGAAUGCAUUACAACUAAUAGGACUCAUCAAUGCGUGUGUAGGAGAGGUUACAUAAGGGAUGCGGUGGGCGAACAGUGCAGAGACGUGAAUGAGUGCACGGAACUGACCAAAUCCGCCUGUGGUCUCAACGCCUUCUGUACUAAUCUGGACGGAGGCUUUGUCUGUCACUGUCCGACCGACGUGAAUGAGUGCACGGAACUGACCAAAUCCGCCUGUGGUCUCAACGCCUUCUGUACUAAUCUGGACGGAGGCUUUGUCUGUCACUGUCCGACCGGUUACACUGGAAACUCUUACUCCAUUUGCUAUCCUGACUUAAUGAAGUGCGAGAAAGACAAGGAAUGUCCGGGAAAUACCAUUUGUAUUGACGAUACAUACGAUGGCAAACACUGUGGAUGUCAGACACCAUUCGUCAGAGAAGGAGAUUAUUGCAUAUUGAUGAGCCGUAACUGUUCGACACUCAAUACGUGUCCCCAAAACCAAGACUGCAUUUAUUCGGGUUCUGUGAUGAGCCGUAACUGUUCGACACUCAAUACGUGUCCCCAAAACCAAGACUGCAUUUAUUCGGGUUCUGGUUAUGGAUAUUGUAUUUGUCCGAAAGGAUUCACAUUAGAGGCGAACGGCUUCUGUCGGGAUAUCAAUGAAUGCGAGGAAAUGAAUGAAUUUGAAUUAUGCGGAAACAACGCCGAGUGCGUCAAUCUUCCCGGUGCUUAUGAAUGCCUGUGCGGUGAGGGAUACUCUGGUGUCGGCCGCACCGGUUGUACCCGUAUUUGUAAGUAUCAAAUAUUACAGUUAAAGUAUGUCANCGGAAACAACGCCGAGUGCGUCAAUCUUCCCGGUGCUUAUGAAUGCCUGUGCGGUGAGGGAUACUCUGGUGUCGGCCGCACCGGUUGUACCCACCAAUCGUGCGAAAAGGACAGUCAAUGUACGCCAAACCACAAGUGUGUCCGUAAAUGGUGUGAAUGUUUGCCACCUUUCAUACAAGUCGGCCAAACCUGUAAACAUCCGUGUGAUUGGCACCAAUGCGGCCAAAACGCCGAGUGCUCUUUGGGUGCGAAUGGGACGCAAUGCCGCUGUAAAACAGGCUGUACUGGAGAUCCAAACACUGGUUGCAUCGAUAUCAAUGAAUGCACGUCUCUAUUGCCGAUCGAUCCGAACGGUCCGUGCGCUGUAUCGGCCAUAUGUGUGAACGUAUUGGGCAGUUAUAAGUGCGAGUGCUCUCAGGGAGCGGAUGGAGAUCCGUAUACAUCGGGCUGUUUUGGUCGCGCCAAAUGUGAGACCAACUCUCACUGUCCGGACGAUACCGUAUGCGACAGACAGGCGGGCGUUUGUAACGACGCGUGUCUGGCGGCCAUAUGCGGGCCCAACACCGACUGCGUGUCCGUCAAUCACGAGCCCCUUUGCCAGUGUAAGCCUGGCUUCACCGGCAACGCUAACGAUUUGAUCCAGGGAUGUGUCAGCCCCUGCACUAACGUUUGGUGCAGUAUUAACGCACACUGUAUUGUCAACAGCGAGAACGUCGGUAUCUGUCAGUGUAUGAAUGGCUUUAACGGCAACCCCUGGGCCGGCGGCGGAUGUCAUCCCGACUCCGGCUGCUCGGCGUCGAAGCCCUGUCUCCUCGCCGGUCAGGAAUGCAUUGACGGCAAGUGUGUGGAGAGCUGUCACGACAGCAAGUGUGGAGUCGGAGCCAAAUGCGAUCUUCACACCAAUCAAUGCAAAUGUUUGCCUUUCUUUAUUGGAAAUCCCGAUAUUCUGUGCGCACCUCCGCUGCCGACGCCUCCCAUCUGUGCCCCGGGCUGUGGUCUCAACUCUCACUGCACGUACUCCACACCCAAUAAGUGUGUCUGCAAUUCAGGCUAUAGUGGAAAUCCAUACAAAUCGUGUACAUCAGUGCCCAGAUGUGAGAACAUAGUGUGCGGUCAGAGCGCCUCCUGUCUGGAGGGGGCGACCAGUGUUGAGUGCAUUUGUCCCGCAGGACUGCACGGCAAUCCAUUCCUCGGCUGCGAAGACGUCAACGAAUGCCUUCAGGGAAACCCAUGCGGAACGGGUGCCAACUGUGUCAAUGUGAUCGGCAGUUACCAAUGCAUAUGUCCGUCAGGUUUCAUCGGUAACCCACUCUACGCCUGUCAACCGCCGCGCAUCGAAGACCUGACGGGUGGUGUCGGCACCUCGUGCUCGACAACAUUCAACUGCCCGACGGGUGCCUUCUGUUUCCGAGGCAUUUGCGCGCAACCAAACGCUUGCAAACACGACUCCCAGUGCGAGACUAACAACGCCUGUAAUUUUGUCAACAAAGAGAUCGGUUACCAAUGCGUCGAUCCGUGCGAUACCACUCAAUGCGGACCAAACGCCUUCUGCAUCUGCACUGAACACAAGCCGUUGUGUUACUGCAAAGACUCCCAUUUGGGUGAUCCCCACGACCUCGAGAAGGGCUGUACGCCUCGCACGUCACCCAUCGCUGUCAUCAGUUGCGGUGUUGACGACGACUGUACCGAUGGAUACGUGUGCCGACAAUCGCCGGAUGGCGAGCGCCGGUGCGCCGAUGUAUGCGCUGGCAUUCAAUGCGGACCCAACGCUAUGUGUCAAUCGAUGGGACGACGGCCUGAAUGUAACUGUAAUGACAAUUACGACGGAAAUCCAUAUGAUCUGCAAAAAGGCUGUAAUCCUCCCAUUUGUCGUGAAGACGGCGACUGUAACGCCGACGAGACUCCUGAAUGUAACUGUAAUGACAAUUACGACGGAAAUCCAUAUGAUCUGCAAAAAGGCUGUAAUCCUCCCAUUUGUCGUGAAGACGGCGACUGUAACGCCGACGAGACGUGCGUUCUUCUGCCCCAAGGCUUCAAAGACUGUCAGAGCGUUUGUAAGGACUUCCAGUGCGGCAUCAAUACUGUCUGUCGCGGCGCCGGACACACGGCUUACUGCGAGUGUCGGCCAAACUUCGCGGGCGACGCCUACGACACGCGCUUUGGGUGCCAACCAUUGCAGGUCACGUGCGCUGACGACACCAGUUGUCCCGACUAUCAGGCCUGUCGUCGAACUCCUAAUGGAUUCAAGAAUUGUACCGAUAUUUGUCUGAACGUGAGGUGCGGUCUAAACGCGCAUUGCGUGGGAAGAGGCCAUCAGGCGGUCUGCGAAUGUUUGCCCGGUUUUAUCGGCGAUGCCAUCAGAAGUUGUCAGAAACCACCGCAACAUCUGUGCGAUAGAGACGAUCAGUGCUCUCACGACAAGAAAUGCAUUCUCACUGUCGAAAACAUCAGGGAUUGUGUGGACACAUGCGUCGGACAGGUAUGCAGUGAAGGCGCCCACUGUGUGGGCAAAAACCAUAGGCCACAGUGUGAGUGCCUUCAGGGCUAUACCCGUAUCGCUGGCGACACGAGCGGCGCCUGCGCUCCCAAUCUCUGCCAAUCGGACCGCGAGUGUAGAGAAGACCAGAUCUGCGCGACGACCAGAAAAGGAGUACUCGAUUGUAUGGAUGUCUGUCAGACAAUCAGAUGCGGACCAAACGCUCAGUGCGUGUCCGUUGAACAUCAGGCCCACUGUCAGUGCAAACAGGGAUUCCUCGGCAGUCCAGAGGAUCUGUUGAGAGGCUGUUCGCCGAAAGACAAGUGUACGUCAAAUACCGACUGCAAGACAACCGAAGCGUGUCUUUUGAACCAAAACGGAAUCAAAGAUUGUGUCGACGGCUGCAGUGCUAACCUCUGCGGACCCGACACUCUGUGCAAUACAAACAACCAAUUCGUCUCGUGUACCUGUAAAGAGGGUUACACCGGACGGCCCGGCGAUGGCACAGUUGGCUGCUAUAAAAUACCCCACGAAUGCGAGAGCGACGACAGCUGUCCGUCAAACGCGGUCUGUGUUCGCGGACCCCAAGGCAUCAACCAAUGCAAAGACGUGUGCGAACACUCCCUCUGCGGUGAGAACGCCGUUUGCGCGACCGCUAACCACAGGGCGCAGUGCACUUGUCGACAGGGCUUUGUCGGCGACCCGACCCACAUGUGUGUCAAUCCCGACGAAUGCAAAUCAGACGAAGACUGCGCCAUCGAUAGCGUGUGCCGAACCGAUACGGCCAACGCUCGCAAGUGUGCCAACGCUUGCCUAUACACCCAGUUAUCACAAAACCCAAUGUUUCUGCGCCGCUUCGAUAGCGUGUGCCGAACCGAUACGGCCAACGCUCGCAAGUGUGCCAACGCUUGCCUAUACGUCAAGUGCGGCAAAAACGCCAUCUGUAGACCCAGUUAUCACAAAACCCAAUGUUUCUGCGCCGCGGGCUUCGACGGCGACGCCUAUGAUCUCAUCCACGGCUGUCAACCCGUUCGCCGCAAUGUAUGCGAUACUGACAUCGACUGUCACUCCAGUCAGACGUGUAAACAAACGCCGUCCGGAAUAUUGGAUUGCGUGGACGCGUGCGAAGCCGUCACCUGUGGUCCCAACUCUAACUGCAAAGGCGUCGGCCAUAAGGCUCAGUGUCUUUGUCUGUCCGGUUAUGUCGGAGACGCCGAUAAUGUACUGAACGGAUGUCGACAGAAGGAAACCAAUGAAUGCGAGUUUGACUUCGAUUGUCGCGAACCCACAGACGUCUGCAAACCAAUGAACGAAGGCCUCAAGAAGUGCUUCAACGCGUGUCAGUUCACGAGUUGUGGCACUGGAUCUCAUUGCGUGGCCUCCAAUCACACGGCUUUCUGCGAUUGUAUCGGCGGUUUCGUCAGAGACCAGAACGCCGUUUGCAAACCCAAAACCAAUGAAUGCAAUCAAGACUCUCACUGUCCGUCCUUUGAAUCCUGCAAAUCGUCACCCUUUGGAUCACUGAAAUGUGCCGAAGCGUGCAUUGACUUCACCUGCACUCCGAACUCGCAAUGCGUUUCACUGCAACACAAGGGUCAGUGCAAAUGCGAUCCCGGAUUCACUGGCGAUCCCCAGACCAGAGCCGGUUGUGUCCCGAUUCCGAUCCACGGUUGCGAUGUGGACAUCGACUGCGCCAACCCUAACGACAUCUGUCAACCGGACGCCAGCGGUAUUCGCAAGUGUGUCGACGGCUGCUCUCACUUCGAGUGCGGCAAAAGUGCC